AUAAAGAGGUGUCGGAACUACUAUGAAAUUCUGGGGGUGGAGAGGGACGCCAGCGAGGAGGAGCUGAAGAAAGCCUACCGCAAACUGGCCCUGAAAUUUCACCCUGACAAGAACCGCGCUCCCGGGGCAACGGAGGCUUUUAAAGCAAUAGGCAAUGCUUUUGCAGUUCUGAGCAACCCUGAGAAACGAUUACGAUACGAUGAAUUCGGAAGUGACCAAGAGCAUGUCAGCACUGGCCAGGCCAGGCACUAUAAUUACUACACGGAAUUUGAAGCAGACAUUACACCAGAAGAAAUAUUCAAUGUAUUUUUUGGUGGGCACUUUCCUACAGGAAAUAUCCAUAUGUUCUCAAAUGUCGCCAGAGACGCGCACUAUUAUCCACGGAGGCACCGAAAUGAAAGAGCAUGGACACAGGAGCAAGAGGAGGAAGAAAACAGGCCACAGAAUUCAUAUUCUGCAUUUAUUCAGUUGAUGCCAGUUUUCAUAAUAAUAAUAGUGUCAGUUAUAACUCAACUGAUGGCCACAAACCCACCCUACAGCCUAUUCUACAAAUCGUAAGUCAUUUAAAAGCACGUU